UCAUUGUCAUUCGUGUUCAAAGGAAGCCAUUACUCAGUUUACUGGCAUCGUAUCAGUCGAUGAGUAAAACUGGACCUGCGUUGCCGUUAGUAGUAGUACCGUUAGUGGCGUUACUUAGUACAGUAGUUUUACUCAUUGAUAAUCUAACCAAAAAAUGGUGGAGCCAGUAAUCUGGGAUAUCACAUCCUGGUUUUUCGUCGGUGUGACGCUUCAGGCGCUACUUGGAUGCGAGGCAGCACCAACAGCAGCCUGCGGUGCAACGCCGAAUAUCAUCUUCAUUCAUGUCGACAGCAUGGAUGGACGAACGGCACUGGAAGACUCGCCAGCGCUCACCCCGAAUUUGGACAAGCUAGCUAGGAGAGGCGUCAGAUUCGACAACACCUACUGUGCUUCUCCGGAGUGCGUGCCAUCUCGCAGCGCCCUGUGGUCUGGCAGACGACCUGAUCAAACAGGAGUGUGGGCAAACGGGCAUGGUUUGCCACCAGACUAUCCUAUCAUUAUGGAGCAGGUCAGUAAGGUGGGCUACGAUACGCAGUUUAUAGGUCGGCAUGACUUCAGUGGCAAACACCACACUCUGUCUGCAAACUUAAGCACGUGGGUAAGACCGGUGCCUUACUUUGCCAUCCCUUCGGAAGAUAGACCUGAGCCACUCCUACAGCUCAACGCCACACGGCAAGUUCACACGGCGGACUGGAGAAGGGCAGGGAAAUGCACUGACUGGCUCAAGGGUCGCUUGAACAGCACCAAGCCGUUCAUGCUGUCGUGUGGCUUCACGUGCCCGCACCCGGCGUACUCCACGUCGCCAUACUGGCUGGAGAACGGUGUCGACAAGACACGCAUCACGAUGCCCCGGUGGAAGGCCGAGAAGGACAUGCAUCCUGUCCAGCGCUAUGAAACCAUCACGAAGAACUGCUCUGGGAACUGGAGUGCAGAUACAGUGCGAGAUAUCAGGGCCUUCUACUACGCCAUGGUGGCCGAGGCAGAUGGCUUUGUUGGUAGCGUAUUGGAUAUGAUAGCCAGCAGCAGCUUGCUUCACAACACUGUAGUGGUAUUCUGGUCGGAUCAUGGCGAUAUGGCGAUGGAUCACAAACAAUUCUACAAGGAGACGGCUCUUGAAGGCAGUGCCCGUGUACCGCUGAUCAUUGCUGGCCCACCGCGCUCUGGAAUCCAUCACGGCGUUACAGUGCAGAGACCUACUAGUCUCAUAGAUCUGUUCCCCACCGUCAUGGAUUUAGCUAAGGCACAGCAUCCCGCUGGACUAACUGGCUACUCGCUGCUGCCAGAUCUGAUGAAUGCGAGUAGUAUGCAUGCAUGGUUUGACGCUGGUGUGCCGGCGUCUGCAUCACGAUUUGAUGAGCUGAUGGGUGACUCUCACCCAGACUAUGUUCUGUUACAGGCACACAUGGACCACUCCAACACUGGACAGUUCAUGCUACGCCAGGACAACUGGAAAUAUAUUGAGUAUGCUGGUGAUUAUGAUCCUGAACUAUUCGAUCUGAACAGCGAUCCGAAUGAACUAAUUAGUGUUGCCACAUCACAGCCCGCCAUUCUCAGUCAGUUUAGGGCACUUUUACGCGACCUUCUUGACCCAGAUGAGGUGGAUGCCCGUGCCAAAGCAUUCGAUAAGCAAUCAUUUUUAACCUGGAGGACGUCACUGGGAGACAAGUAUAACGAAACUAUUGGUUCGAGUGAUCUCCGCUGGUACUGGGCUUGGCACAAAGACUCUGAAUUGUACUUGUCCCUUAUUGACAAAUGGCUCAAAAGUUGAAGUUUUUAUCUUAACAACUGCUGAUCAGUUCUCCAUGAGUACAGCCCAAACUAGCGGCAUGCAACCAGGUGCAGCGGUAUGUUCACUUUCAGCAUGUUGGUAUUUAACAGAAUGUUUGCCUGUUAGUGGCUGCUAUAUCCGUGAUUUCAAAAAUUGUGUUGUUGUUUUGGAAACAUCACUGAGGCUUGGUUCCAGGGUUACACUUUGCAGAUAACUUAUGCUGGUUCUAGUCAAGACGAAAUCUGCCAAUAGAUCUGCUUCACCAACACGA